CUGCAAAAUCCCAAAAAAUUUACGAUUGGGACGUCUGGCGAAAAAAAAAACAUUUAAACUCUAAUUGUCAGAUUUGAGGUGUUGGUACUGUUCACGUGAUCUGGGCAUAAAUGCGGGAGGUUUGGGAGAGAAGCCGAGAGACAACUGGUCGACCACAAAUUGUCAUCCACGUCCAGGAUCUAACCCAUCGUUGAACAGCAGAUCAGUUGAUCUAUCGCAGCACAUUCCUCAAUCAUAUUCAAAGAACCGGUAGCUACACAUCAUGGACGUUAUUCUGGGAAUCACAACUGCGAAUGAGGUCAUCGUCAUCACAUCGCGUGCAUUCGUGCGAGGAGUAUCGAUCUUGAAGGCGGAUGACAAGGACAAGACCCGGAUUCUGUCUCCACACACGAUGAUGGCGUUUACUGGUGAAUCCGGAGACACAGUGCAAUUUGCCGAGUUUAUCCAAGCCAACAUCCAACUGCACGAGAUGCGCAACGCAGUCGAGCUGUCGCCUUCUGCCAUCACUUCAUUCCUUCGCAAUCAGCUCGCGACCAGCCUUCGAAGCCGGAAACCGUACAAUGUUAACGUGUUGGUUGCUGGAUACGACGAGGCGAAAGGCAAGCCCGAGCUGAACUGGGUGGACUAUCUGUCGGCGAAGGUGUCUGUUCCAUAUGCCGCGCACGGAUAUGCGGCGUACUACACUCUCUCAUUGUUGGACAGAUGGCACCGGACUGAUCUGACGCUGGAAGAAGGUCUGAAGGUUGCAGAAAUGUGUGUUGCUGAGCUCAAGAAGCGGUUGCCUAUCGAUUUCAAAGGCGUUGAUAUCAAGGUAGUGGAUAAGGACGGUAUCCGGACAGAGAAGGUGAUUGAAUAGAGCAAGCAUACAAUAUAGGGUUACGACCCGCUGAAUCUUAAUGAAAUAAAAGAAACGUGUCGUGCGGUUAUUUACGCUGGCUGCGAGAAGUAAACAUGGCUGGAUGUUUUUGUGAGCCAGGGUUGAGAACGGGAGCUGGCCUCUGGCGGUUUGGGAGCAACGGCCGAGUCACGACUGUUUCCGUACUGGGCGCAGGUGCCAGCUCCAGGCUGGCGUUGCCGGACAGGAGAUCCAGCCCGAUUCCCGAGUGCUCGGCAGCUUGCUUCUGCUAUAAAGCAGCGACGGGGGAGAUUGAACGAGAGUCUAAAUAUAUUGUAGGAUUCGUAGAAAAGCUAACGAAAGUGGUCGAGUCGAAGACCGA